CCAGGAAAAGACGCAGCGCGUGAGCGCGCUAUUCCAUUCUUCGAAAGCCUCCGGAAAAUAUGAAUAUAAAAAAUUUUUAAUAAGGCGGGGUAAGAAUUUGUAUGAAAACGGAGAAAAUGUGAGAGGCUGAGACAGAAACGCCUUCUCAGGGUGCGCACAUUUUCGUUGCUUCUUUUUUAGUUUGUAAGAAGCGUUCACUGAAGAAGGUUAAAAUGUCUUCGGAGUUUGGAAUGGGAUCCAGCGUUAUAAAGUAUAAUUUUCCAUGCGGUGGCAUUGUAUAUCUGCGUGUGACAGAGGAGACAAAACUUCGAUAUCAGACAGAUUCAUGUUACAAAGCGGAAAUUGACGCCAAGGCGUAUCAGCAUUUUCUCGAAAAAGAAGAACAGAGAAGGAGAACUGAAGAAGAAGAAACAAAGCUGGAUGAGGAAUUGAAACUAAAAGAGACUAAUUCCCAACCUAAUCAUACAAGUGAGUCGUCGGAGGAAGAUGACGCUGCCACAAACAAGCAAAAAUUUCCGAUUGGUGCUGCAUCGCGAGUGCGGGUGGAAAACGGAGUAAUUUCCGUAGCUCCCAAACCAACUGCUUCUCGAAAAAGAUCUACAUUCACUGGCAAGAAAGUUUCAAAAGGACCAACUCUUUCCGUAAAAAAAAGAAGAGUGGGCCCACUUGUUUCUGAUAGAGACGAAGAACCAAAACCUUCGUCAUCGACUAUCGAAAACAACUCUGACGAGAUUGACGAUAUGGGCAUCGAAAAAUGUUUGGAAAAAGAAUCGGAUCAAGAUGUGGCUCUUGAAGAUUCGGGAUCGGAUGAAGGUGGUGGCGAUCCUGGCAAGUGGACAACUAAAGAAGUGUCACUUCUUUUGGAUAUAUACCAUAAGUAUAAGUCGCAAUUUGACGAACCGUAUGCUGUCAAGUUUCGCAUCUGGAAUAAGAUUUGUAAAAUUCCAGAAAUCGCCGCCACUGGAAAGUCAUCAGUUCAGCUGUCAAAAAAGAUUGACAACUUGAAAAAGACUUGGCGAAAGAUGAAUCGGCCUGGUGCAAAAGCUAGUCAACAGUGGAAAUGGACUGAACAAAUGGACCUCAUCUUUGGGGAUGACCCAACAAUCGAGUUGAACCACGUUGCGGAAGUGGGUGAUAGAGGUCCCAAGAAAACGGCUACCAGAAGCACCAACUCGUCUAAUUGGAAGACUCAAUUAAUUAAUAUUGAAAAAGAAAGAGUUGAUGUUUUGAAGGACAUUGCUCGAAGUCAAGUAAAGAAAAGUGAAACCUUUGAUCGCUUGACUUCUCUCAUCGAAAAAUGGUCCCAAAAAUGAGAAUUAAAUA